AUGGCCCGCCGGAAGAUCUCCUCCGAGUCCUUCAGCUCGCUGGGCUCGGACUAUCUGGAGACCAGCCCGGAGGAGGAGGGCGAAUGUCCCCUGUCCAGGCUCUACUGGAACGGCAGCCGCAGCCCGCCCGGCCCGCAGGACCCGCUCGCCGCCGCCGCCAGAAGGGCUCCGCGCAGGAGACGGGUCAACCUGGACUCGCUCGGGGAGAGCAUCAGCCGCCUGACGGCUCCCACACCUCAGACCAUACGGCAGACUCUCCAAAGGACACUGCGGUAUUAUGAGCAUCAAGUUAUUGGUUACAGGGAUGCAGAAAAGAACUUUCACAAUAUAUCGAACAGAUGCUCCUAUACAGACUGCUCUGGCAAUGAUGAAGCUGAAGAUGUCUCAGGAAUUCUCCAGUGUACAGCUAAUAUACUCGGUUUGAAGUUUGAGGAGAUGCAAGAAAAAUUUGGGGAGGAAUUCUUCAAUAUCUGCUUUGAUGAGAAUGAAAGAGUUCUUCGUGCUGUAGGUGGCACGCUGCAGGACUUCUUCAAUGGCUUUGAUGCUUUGCUGGAGCACAUUAGAACUUCAUUUGGAAGACAGGUCACUCUGGAAUCCCCUUCUUUCCUAUGCAAAGAGCUCCCCGAAGGCAACCUCAUGCUCCACUACUUUCACCCUCAUCAUAUUGUUGGAUUUGCAAUGAUGGGAAUGAUAAAGGCAGCAGCAAAGAAGAUCUACUGUUUGGAAGUGGAUGUGGAACAAGUCACGAAUGAUAAACUGUACGCAGAGGGGUCGAACCCAGGUAAUUGCAGCUGUCUUACUUUUAUUAUCAAAGAACGUGAAAAUGCAAAUAUCACAAAAGCACUUCCACUCGGAUCAUCUCAAUCUCCCUCAGACCUGAGGAUAAGCAUCAGCACCUUCUGCAGAGCUUUCCCCUUCCAUCUGAUGUUCGAUCCAAACAUGCUGGUGCUCCAGCUUGGGGAAGGCCUUAGGAAGCAGCUCAAAUGUGACACUCACAAAACGUUGAAAUUCCAGGACUGCUUUGAGAUAGUUUCCCCGAAGGUCAGUGCCACAUUUGAACGAGUCCUCCUGAGAUUAUCAACACCAUUUGUUAUUCGGACCAAACUUGAGGCUUCUGGCUCUGAAAAUAAAGAUAAG